AACAAUAAUAAUAAUAUAAAACAUAUUUACAAACAAAACAAUCAAAAACAGUGUUUAUAGUCUCCGUGAAUGUCAAUCACCGGCCGUAAUGGAUGACACCAUUGCCGUCAACAACAACACCGCCGCCGCCGCCGCCGCAGAGACUAUCGUUGCCACCAAUGAUGACGAUGUCUUUGAAGAGCUAUCGGCUGACGACUUAGUCGAACGAUUGAUGGCCGAGUUGGCCGCCGAACAACAACUGAAUCGCCUGCUAAACGAUAUACGUGACAAUGCCGUCCAUAUGAUCCGUCGGUGUCGGUGUACGGCCAACGAAGACACCGUUCAGAUUAUCAAUCGUCUGAAUGAUUACUAUAUGACUGCUACCGAGUCUUCGACAGCAGCGGCGGCGGCGGCGACGGACGUAGCUAUCAAUCGGACAACGAUUGGCCAUUCGGUAGUUGUCAAGUGCGAGGAAAGUUGUGUCGAGUAUUCGGGAGUUCAGUUAAACGGCGGCGGCAUCGGUGGUGUGACCAACAUUUGCGGCGGCGAUGGAGUUGUUGUUGUUGUUGACAGUCAACAACAGACUGAUGACGAUAUCAAACAAGAAGUGAUUGACGUCGAUAUUGAUGGUGUCGUUGACGACGCAGACAUCACCGGUAGUGGUGGUGAUGACAGCAGUCAGAAUCAACAACAGACUGAUGAUGAUAUCAAACAGGAAGUGAUUGACGUCGAUAUUGAUGGUGUCGUUGACGACGCAGACAUCACCGGUAGUGGUGGUGAUGACAGCAGUCAGAAUCAACAACAGACUGAUGAUGAUAUCAAACAGGAAGUGAUUGACGUCGAUAUUGAUGGUGUCGUUGACAACGCAGACAUCACCGGUAGUGGUGGUGAUGACAGCAGUGAUAAUCAACAAAAGACUGAUAGCAAACAAGCAAUCAUUGACAUCGAAAGCGAUUCAAACGGCAGUUCCGCUGUCGCAAGUGUUGACCAAACAAUGACAACAACUACUACUACAGUGGCCGACGAAGAGUCGCCCAUUGAUAACGAUAGCCGAUUGGCAACUACUACUACCACUGUUGAUGUGGACAUCGAUGAUACGGACAAUCGUCGCAACACUAGAUCUCAUGAUAAGGAUCUCAAAGAAAAAGAAACCAAAAAUCAAAGUCAUAGAAAUAGAAGAAGAAGAAGAAGAAGUAGUACAACAAAAGCAAAGAUAAAACGAAAACGAAGAAAAAUUACCAGAGAUUCAAUCAAUUCUGGUGAUAGCCAUCAUCAUCAACAACAACAACAUGAAGUGCUGGUAUUGACUGCAGAUGACAAAGUGGUCGCUGAUAAUAAUCAAGAAGAAGUAGAAGUUGUUCACAACCAUCAAAAUACAGAAGAAAAACAACAACAAGAGCCAGUGGUCAACAACGACGACAACGAUAACAAUAUUACCUCUACAUUGGCCACCACCCGAACACUACGUAGACGAGUAGUUAUCGAUAAGACAAAAAGGAGGACCACUGCUGCCGACACUAUUAGCGAGACUACUGCCGCCGAUGAUGCGAGGCUUAACCAAUCACUACCGGUUACGGCCGAUACUGCCGGUAGCUUAGAAACCACAACUACUACUACUACUCCUAAGCAAUCGCAACGGCGGCGACGCGACUAUUUGACCGCUAUUUUUCAGUCGUCGCCGUCCAAUGACCAGCAAUUUCGAUGCAAUUACGAGGAUUGCGACAAAACAUUUACCAAAAGUGUACAACUCUAUCAACACAAAGCCGUUGACCAUUCUAUCAGUAAAUAUAUGAAACUAAUGAACUACUUGUCGUCUCAGUCACCGAACCGAUCAGUUCGCAAGUCGGCACCGCCGCUACUGCCGCCGCCGCCGCCAAUGGUUGCUGAGACGCCAAACGACGAUUGUCGUCGAAUUAGAUGGCAGUGGACAACAGUGAUGUCCAAACUUAAGACUACUACUGGCAGUGUUGGUGGCAGUUCUGGCGGUGGCGGCGGCGGCGGUAAUAGUGGUGGUGGUGCUGACGGCGGCAAUCAGUCGACACCACACAGAUGCCUAAUACGUAAAUGUAAACACCGUUCAGCUAAUUUGUCGACACUGACCCGCCAUAUGUACGACUGGCACCCGGACUAUAAGUACCGGUGCCAACACUGUUCAUACAAGACCACAUGUCGCAAUCAUCUGGCCAGUCAUAUGGGUAGCUGUCAUCGUUAGUCACUUAAAUAGUACUUUAAUGUGUACGGUUGUGGUCAAAGAGCAUCGGCUACUUGGGGGAGAGACUACCAGUGCACUAUAGACUGUAUACCUUAAUAAAUCAAUGUUUUUGUUCCGCUCACUUUGGCCACUUAACUAAAUGGACAGUUAGCUUUCAAUAUGAAAUAGAUUAAGAGCUUUAAUAUUGUACAGUAUUUUUAUAUUUAGUAUUUUUUACGGUAUUAUGUUUCUACUAUUGAACAGUAAAUGUUUUAAUUGUUUUUUUUGUUGUUGAUAUUUUAUUAACGAUUUUUUGUGUUGUUUAAAGCAAUUAUUUUUUUUAAAAAAAUUUAAAUCACUUCAAAAUAUAUUUGAAUUUGUUUAUUAAUAAUUAUAUUAUUUUAAUAACCAUUGACUAAUAUUUUCAUUAUUUUUAAUCUCAUAUUAUUAUUUCCCCCAAUGAAU